UAAUCUACUUGCUUGCUGGGAGUACACGCUGGAAAAGGAAAAAGUACAUCGAUCCUGGUUCCACGCCCACAAUGGAUGUGAAGUACAUACUGAUCAUAGCUGGGUUGUGUCUCUGUUUCCAUCUUCUUCAUGGUAAAGUACAAUUUGAAGCUCUUUUCAAUUUCGGUCUUACCUCUUUUGAGGGCGUCAGUGAUACGAAAGCUGAGCGUUUCGAAAAACUAGAGAAAAACGUCUCUCUGCACCGUUGCAAAUACGCAUGCGUAGACCGUGCUUCCUGUCAAGGCGCUAUCUUCAGUGAGAUCAACUCUGACGGGUGCUUCCCGACCAACUGCACCAACUUCUACUCCCGGGGGCUAUAUGGGGAGUGUCACCUCCUUACAUUGGACGACGCCGCUGAUGUCAUUGACUUUGCCAGUGAACUUGAAGGGAAAAGGCGAAAUUAUUUCUUAAACCUUCCCACAUUGUGUCGUCCUAUACCUCAGACGAGGGAGGAGCUGAUGUUCACGUCUCCCGAGGUGUACAACGUCACCCUUGACAAGGCAGACAACAACUGCUACAUCUUCAAAUACCGCUGUCGUCCUGGUUACACUGCUGUCGGCAACCCUGAAGCCCGGUGUUGUAACAACGGCAUCCGAAGCCCAAUCACUCUCGAGUGUCACGAAGACAAAUAAGCAUGAGAACUCAGGCGUUAGCAGGCCACUAUAGCACAGCCUCUUCGUUCAAGAUCCCGAAUAAAUUCCCGAUUUACAAAUGAGUGCAAACGAUUAAUAUCAUUAUAAGGAACAUCUUGCAGUAAAAUACAGUUUAUUCUUUC